AUGGCGCGAACCUCUAUGAACAAAGCUGCCGCAGCGCAGAAAGCCAAGGACCGAACCCCAGCAGCCGUUCCUGACCAUUAUGAAGCCUCGUGGAUCGGCGAGGAAAAGCUCAAUGAAUUGACACCUUGCGUAGCCGAGGACGGUAGAAUCCUCCUGCCUGGAUUUGGCAGGCCUCUCAACUAUAUGCUCGAAAGAGAGACAUACGGCUACCAGCAUGGAGGGGUGGGCAAUACAGUGAAUCGCUGUCCCAACGCGCUCCAGGAAUGGGGUAUUGAGCCGCUUACCGUGCGGGAGAGGAACAUGAUGCAGGUCGUCAACGCUAUCACUGACAAGCCUGACUGGAGAAGCAAAGUCUUUGACGACACCAUCAUCACCAAAUGGCGCGCCGAAGCAAUCACUGAGGAGGGACAAGGCUUCACCGAGAAAAUGUUUGACCAUCGGUAUCAAGAAACAGAACAGUGUCUUCUGAAUGAGGACGCUGGAUUUCUAGAUUCUGAAUGUUCGCUAACAACAACANNGUGCAUCGCGGAACUUCAGGACAAGGCUGUUCAUCACAAAGAGAACGACUUGGUUGCUGUACUGGACUCGGAAUGGGCUGUGGUCAAGUCGGACAGCAUCAUCUCCGGAGAAUUGAAAGAGGAACUCAAGAACGCUGUAACUCCUCUGGAAGACGUACCGGCAAGCGCCAAGGACUGGCACCCGGGAUCCAAUGAACAAGUCCUUGAUCUGGUCCACCCUUCGCUCUUCCCAUUGAUCUAUGGUCGAUCAAGAAUUUUGCCUACUGGCAUUGUUGGCCUGGAAGAUUGUAUUCAGAAUUCUGGCAAGGGCGAUAUCGUACCAAUACCAAGCGAUGACGACUGCAAACUUGGUCAGCAAACACAUUGGCUGGCUACCGGUGGACAAGGUCAAACCGAUUAUUGGUCCAAUCGCUUUCAAUGGCUCCCGAGCAAUGUGGCCUUCACCCAAGACGACGGCGUCAAGAUUGCCAGCUACAUAAACAAUCUCCAUCCAGUACAUCAUAAGGACAUCUAUCCGGUGAUCGAAAAGUUCAUCGCCAAGUCCGUUCCUGCCUGGGAUCUGGUACUUUCGUCGUACACCUCGUUCAAACGUACGGAGACACUCCGCGUACCCAUGACGGGCACGGAGUAUGAAUUCCCUUUGGGUGAGGAGGCACCAGCUAGUGUGCGUGAAGGCAUGACUGAGGAUGACGAUGAAUGGUACGAGGCCGAGGAACAAUGGGUAGUGCAGCCCUCGCCCUCUAUCAAGGAAGAUGUCGAGGCUCGAAGAAGAUCAGAAACACUCUGGUCCGUAAGGGCUAUCCUGAAAGGGGGCUACGCGACUNNAAGGGACAAUCGCAUACUCAUCAAGCCCGAUGCCCGCGAGUACGAUCCUUUCAUCUACAAGAACACAGACGCAAUCGAGCCCAUAAGUCUUCGCUCGCACUUUGCAGCAAACGGCAUCCAAGUCAUCGUGAAGCUAGCCAACAUCCACCUCACACCUUCGAACCCCGAAUACUCGGGUGGCAGCUGGCACAUUGAAGGCAAACUCAACGAGCACAUUUGCGCCACGGCUCUUUACUACUACGACAAUGACAACAUUACAGAUUCUCACCUUGCCUUCAGGACCAAAUGCUCGGUUGACGACAUCAUAUCCCGCGACUACCAACAGGAUGACAACGAUGGCGUAUGCUAUCUCUUCGACAUCGAGCGCAACGGCCCAGGCAUCCAGAAAAUCGGUCAAGUAGCCACUAACGAAGACCGUCUUUUGGCCUUCCCAAACGUACUGCAACAUCAAGUCCAGCCAUUCAAGCUCGUCGACCCCACCAAGCCCGGCCACCGCAAGAUCCUCGCUCUAUUCCUAAUCGACCCUUUCCACCGCGUCAUCAGCACCGCAAACGUGCCACCCCAGCAACGCGAAUGGUGGGCCGAAGCAGUGCAAGGACUAGAAGGCAAACUAGAUGAGCUGCCCCCAGAGUUGCGUCAUCAGGUCAUGACUGAAGUGGGAGACUUCCCCAUCAGUCUGGAGGAAGCGAAGACUUUGAGAGGAGAGUUGAUGGAUGAGAGAAGGGCGUUUGUGAAGGAUGUAAAUGAAUUGUAUGAAGUGGAGGAGUUUAGCUUUUGUGAGCAUUAG